UAUCGGUUCGGUUGGGUUAACAGAUCGUCUCUCCUGCGUAUUUAUCGCUAUUCUGAAUAUAGUUUGGCGUUUUUAAGCAUUAAAAGCAUGUCUGAUGUCUGCCGUCUGUCAAGGUCACGGGUGUUGAUACAAAAUGGAAGUUUAUUUGUAUUAGGUGUUGGUGCACCCUUUUAUAGAGCUUGUGUAGUCAAAUAAAUCGGCAAAAUGUCUCGUAAUUACACACGAGACCACCUUAAGAUAUCUGUAGCGAAAAUUUUACAAACGCUAGGAUGGAACUCGAUAAAUUCAACACCGUUGGAGAUUUUAACCGACAUUUUAGGGAAUUACAUGGGCCAGAUUACCAGGAACACAAACAGCUACGCAAACGAAUUUGGGUGCACCCAACCGAACUUGGACCACUUGGGUCUGACCUUUAGGGACAUGGGGAUCAGCGUCCCGGAGCUGGAGGAGUACGUGAGAUAUGUUAAUUUUGCUGCGGCGCCAAGCGCUGUCCCCAAGUACCCCAUACCCAAGGAAGACCAUUUGAAUUUUCUAAAACCAGGCAGCAAGGAGGUGGUCACCAGACCGGUCCACAUACAUGAACACCUACCCCCCAUGAACCCACUUUUAGAAGGUAAUAGAAAUGAAUUAGAAGCGAUCAAUUGUAAAGUUGAGGAACUGGAAGACACCAACCCUGAAAAUUCCCAAGUUUUUAAAAAACCGGCCGACAUAUCACCUUCAGAGUUCAAACGGCCUAGUUUCCGCAGAGAAGAAGAAGGCAGUCGGCCGACAAGAGAAAUAAGCAGUGUGAUGAUGACAACUUCUGGGUUUCUAUCCCCAGCGCGAGAAGGCAAAUUACCUGAAUCCAGAACCCCAAUUUCGUCCAUAGACCCAAUGGGUCCCGUAAACCCACCCCAGGAAACCAUCGAUCUGAAUAAAAAACCGACGAAAGUCGUCAAAAAAGUUGAGAAAAAGAAAUUCAAGCAGGAAGGAAACACGGACCCGGCUCUAGCGGGCAAAAACAGAAUCAACUCAAUGAAGUGUAUACUGAAAUCGAAGCAACAACAGAAAGCGCCCAACAAGGUCCUCAACCCCCUGGCACACGACAUCUCCCAGCUGCAGAACAAAGCAAACCAAGCCGCUAAGAUCAGCAAAACCUUGGCUGCAGCCCGGCUUAAAACGGAGAAACUCAACACUACGAUCACCCCCAUUCCCAUGCGGCCCAACAGCCCCCAAGUCUUCCCACCUGAGCACGACAACGUCGACAAACUCUUCACGGAGCCCGACAAGAAAAAAGUCAACAUAUUUAAGAAAAUAUCAAACGUGAAGAACGAAAAAACCGACGUUAAAAUAAAAAAAGACGAUAUUAAACAAGAAUCGAGGGAAAGCUCCCCCGACUUGAUAAUCGACGAACCGGACGAAGUCCUCCCCAAAUUCACCCACUUAUCAAGCGACGUGACCAUCGAACCCAUCAAUUCCUCGGCCCAGAAAAGCCCAGAAAAGAUGGACACGCCCUACUUUGACGAUGACUCCCAACCGGGGACUCCCUCAACCCCCAAAACCCCCGAAAUGAUCUCACACAGCCCGCCAAUAGUCAAGGAAAAACGCAAGCGGAAAGACAGCAAGAAGAUAAAGAGAAUUCAGAAAAACCAAAGUCCGCAUCGGCUAGACAACGAUACGAUGGACAUGGACAUGGAGCGGCCCAAAACACCGGAAGCCCAAGUGUUACCCAAAAUGGAGUUUCCGCCAACUGUGCCCGUUCCCAUCCCCAACCACGCGCCCCUGGCCCCCAUCCCCUUCCCCUUCAACUUUGGAGGUCCGGGAUUGAUACCAACGCCUUUGGCGAACCCACUGAUCCCCCCACUGCCGUUUCCGCCCAUGAAUUUGUACAAUUUUGGGCAAAAACCACAUUUGUCUUCAUUCCACCAGAAAAUCGAACCGCCGCCGCCGUCAGAUGUUCACGUGGUGGAAGAUUCCCCAUCUCCCCCUGGCAAACUAGGGGAGAAACCGCUUUCUAACGACACUUCUGAUCCCGGCUCACCAUCGUCAAAGUUGGAAAAGAAGAACAAGGAACACAAAAAGGAAAAGAAAGACAAGAUCAAGAAACGCAACAAGAAGGAUAAAAUCAAAAACAAGGCCGAAAAGAAGAAGUUGAAGGAGGAGAAGAAGGAGAAAAUCAAAAAAGAGAAGAAGGAGAAACGCAAUAAGGAGAAGGAGCUGAAAGAGGGCGACUCUCCAGGUGUGAAAAUCACGCUCAAGCUGAAAUCGCCGUCGCCAAGUCCGGAGCCGUCGGAGACCCGGAAAUUGAACAUUAAGCCGAUUGUGAAGAAGGAGGAAGAGGAUGUGGUUACGAGUAGCGAGGAUAGGGUGAAACGGGAGACGUCGCCCGGUUUGGCCAAAAUCUCGGCUUUGGUGUGCGGACCACCUAAACCUAAGCCUGUAAACCCGCCAAAGACCGUGCAGCCAGCUUUCAAUGACAGUUAUCCUAGUUCCUCUUCUGAUAAUUUCGUAAACCAAACGAAGAAAACCAUGCUAAAACCCAUUCCUAAAAUACGAACAAAAGAAAUUAGGAGAGAGAUUGUUGAUGUUCCAAUAGUACCACCAGCUCCUCCUUCCAGAUACAUUCUGAAGAGACAGCACAGGAAGAAAUGCCAAACACACCAGCGGCUAGAACUGGUCCUGGACCAGGUAGGCCCAGAAUCCAUCCCAUCAAACCAAAACCUUCUAAGCCUAAAAAACGCCGAACACCCGUCAAGAAAGACGCCGACGGGAACGAGGUGUGGAUUUGCCCCGGAUGUGGGAGCCAGGAUGACGGCAGUCCGAUGAUUGGCUGCGACGGAUGCGACGCCUGGUACCAUUGGGUUUGUGUGGGGAUUCAAGUGCCGCCCGACGACAGUGAGGACUGGUACUGCAGACACUGCUUACUGAAGAAGAACGAAGACUUGCAGAGCGACAAACAGAAGAAGAAGCGCAAGAAAAAGGAGAAGAAGGAACAUAAUUGAGCAAUAGGUUUCCAAACAAGUAACAGUAAUUGUGAUAAACUAGAAAAUUUAUUUGUAUUUCGCCGUUUUUAACCUACACCUAAAUUUUUUUUAUUUAUACCACCAUUUUUGUAUAAUUUGCAGCGAUUUGUAUAAGUUGGGAUCAUUGUAUUAAUUUUUUACGAGUAAUUUAUUGUCUGAAUAAAGAUUGUUACUUAA